AGACCACUUUCGACAAUGUGUGAUCAUCCCCGCAUAUUCCAGAUGCAUCUCAUAGAACGGGCUUCAAAAGUGUACAAAUGGACAGAAACAGCCGAUUCUAUAAUUGUCGACGAUCAAUUUGGAACUUACAUCUCCGAGCGAAUCAGUAGUUGGCGAAAGAUUCUGGCAGAAUCUCGUGAGGUUGUACUCUCAUACCCCGAAGAUAGUGAUAGUGAUUCUCCAGGACCUUCAUCAGUGGAUGCACGUAAAGUGCCAAAGAGCGAAGCGAAAAAACGUGGACGUGAAAACAAAAAACUGGUGCACAAUGACUCAAGUGAGAACAAGGAACCUUCAGAAUCGCCGACGGCUGACCCAACAAUGAAAAAGCCGCUUUGGCCGUGCGCAGUCUGCAACGCGAGUGCUAAAUUUGGCAGUUGUAAAUGCAAAGGAUGUGAUCAGUGGAGCCACUUGACUUGUGUUGGAAUUAAAAUGAAGGACUUCACUGAAGGCUGGAAAUGUGGCGCAUGUUGCGCACAAGAAUGAACACUGUUCUCAUCACCAGUGCUUUUAGACGUAUAAUAUUGUACAUUUCAGUAAUUGUUGCUCUCAUGUUGUAGACGGGUAAUGUCUUACUUUCUUGGUGAUAGAAUCUGAAUUUCUACUGUUGUUUUAAUUAUUUACGAGUGUGUCACUGUACUGAAACUCGAUUUGUAAUAUUUUUGUGCUAAUACAAAGAUACAUUCUUUUUUGCUUUUU